AUGCCCAAACGAAAGCGCAGCGACGAGCCCUCGGCCUCGAACCUCAACUCCUCCUCCUCCGGCUCCGGCUCCGGCUCCGACUCAGCCCACCACCAAACCGCGACGAGGACGACGAAAAAGAAUAAGAAGAACGCCACCACCACCACCACCUCCUCCUCCUCCCCAUCAACAGCCAAACAACGCAAGCAGCUGCCCCCGCGCCUCGAGCAAGCCAAGAAACAGCUCACCAAGGCGCUCAAGGUCGCGCGCGGCUUCGAGCGCCAGAAGCUGUCGCGCCGGCGCAAGGCCGCGACGGAUAAGAACAACAGUAAGAACGAAGGCGACGGCAAUGACGACGCCGCCGCCGUGGCAAUAAAGCGGAUCGACGGCGAGAUCGAGGCGCUGAAGCGCAUCGACUACGCGAAGCUCGCGGAGAGGCACCUGUACAAGACGUUGUUGCGGAUCAAGAGCGUGAGGGAGCACGGGGCGUUGCCGCCGUGGGUGGUGGUGGUGGAGGGGGCCGAGGGGGCGGGGGUGAUGAAGAAGAAGGUGGAGGAGGGGGGGAAGGAGGGUGGGGAGGAGGCGGCGGCGGCGGCGCGGCAGGCGGGGGGGAUGGGGAAGGAGGCGAUGAAUGUGCAGGCGAGGUUGUUUAAUGCGGGGCCGACGAAGGAGGCGAUGGCGGAGGUGGUGAGGGAUGUGAGGGCCAUUUUGGGGCUGGAUGAUGGGGGAUCGCUGCGGAAGAAGGAGAUGAAGAAGGGGAGGGGGGAGGGGGAGGAGAAGGCUGGGAGGGGGAAGAAGGCGGCGGCGGCGGCGGCGAAGGUUGAGGAGGAGGUCGAGUCUGCAGACGACGACGACGACGAGUCGGAAGCCAGUGCGGCAGAGGGGGAGGGGGAGUGGGACAGCGAGGAGUUUGCGGGUUUCUCUGACCGCAUAGCGGCGUCUUCGGACGAGGAGUCGGAGGAAGAAGGCGUGGAGGUUAGGCUACAGAAGGGGCCUUACCAGCCCGUCCGUGACUUGUCCUUCACGCCUCCGUCGUCGCGCGAGGCGUCGCCGUCGGCGUCGUCCGAACCGACUUUUUCGGACGAGGAAGAGGACGAGUCUCCGGAACCGGAUGCGAAGGCGAAGUCGAAAGAGAAAGAGAAAGAGAAAGCGCCGGUCGUGGCGAAUAAGUCCACCUUCCUCCCUUCGCUUUCGGCUGUUGGUUACAUCAGCGGGUCGGAUUCCGAGGCUGAGGAUCUGGAUGAGCAAAUCGCGCCCCAGAAGAAGAACCGGCGUGGCCAGCGUGCCAGACAGCAGCUGUGGGAGAAGAAGUUUGGCAAGGGCGCAAAGCACUUGGCCAAGCAGAACGAAAAGCAAAAGAAAGACAGGAAUGCCGGAUGGGAUGCGAAGCGCGGCGCGGUCGACGGUGCGGGUGGCAGGGGGAAGAAGGGCAAGUUCGGAAGAGACAAGGGAGGCUUCAGUUCUGGCGGCCGUGGCCCUCAGGCUUCGGAUGCAAACUUGGUGGAGUUGGGCAAGAAGAAGAAUCACAGGGAUGACGGUGGCAAACUUCAUCCCAGUUGGGAGGCUGCGAAGCUGGCCAAGGAGAAGGCGAAGCUCGUAAACGUGCAGUUCCAGGGCAAAAAGAUCACUUUCGACUAA